CGCCAAACAUCAGAGGAGAAUAUUAGAACUGAUUCAGAUGAAUGCAAUAUAGUCACACGGACAGUUAAGCACGUUAAGCUAUCGAACCCAUGGUAGCGGGGUAUGUGGGAGAUGGCUACAUGGUUGAGCUAAAGUUGACGGCUGUCACGCAAGACAGUUAUUGAACUUUAGAUGGAUGACUACGAUGGAUAGGAUCAAGGUUUGCAGAUCAUUGUUGUUGGCAGUUAGUCUGGGUCUGUGCCAGAACCGUAUGUCUCACUUAGCUCCUUCUAUGGUUGUUUCUUAUGAGGCGACUCGAUCAACUUCAUGUAUAAUGAGCACAUUUUUGCUAGAUGAAGGAGGCUCUAAUGUUCGCAUGUGCUGUGAAUUCUUGUCAGCAGACCGGACUUUUUGUUGAUCAAGUUCGGCCACGAGAACGUCGCAUAUGUGAAGUUAUUUAGGAGGUAGGAUUUGCAGCGGCGUUCUGUCUGAUUUGUCCUUGCGCUGAUAGGUCUGCGAGGAAAUGGAAGUAUCGGCACACGAUGGUAGGAAUGUGAAUGGUUGGGCUCAUCGUUCGAUGGAAUUGUCCAUAGCACGGAGAUGCCGCAGCUGCAGGGGUGUAGUAGACUAGUAGAGAGGUAUCUCCGCGCAGCCAAGGGACAAGGCAACUAUUGCGGAAGAGGAUCCCGCUGUUUAGUCAGAGUAAUGAGAG